GUGUUUUGUUGUCGCUCCGGUUGCUAUGAAAAGCUGAUUACCUUUGGCUCCACUCAAUGGAUGAACUUUGGAGUCGAAAUGACUCCAGCGGGAUUAAUGAAUCUAUAGAAGCGAUGAAGUUGAAGGAGGGCUCCCGACGGGGUGUACCCCGACCGCUUGCUUCAGGCCGCUCUUUCACGUCUUCGGCACUUUCUCAGAAGCCUGAACUUGAUUUGGAGCUUUGUCACGGUGUUGUUGCCGGUGCUAGAAUGAUCAGCGAUCAGGUUUUGCGUCGUGUCUUGUUGUUACGGGAACGAAAUAGUUUGCUGGCUUUGGACACACGAGGAGUGCAGAUGUGGGACGCCAGACGCAUGCCUAGUCGACAAGCAGAGUUGGAAGUCAAUGACAUGAUUUAUGCACACAAGACUAAUCGAUUUGUGGCGUAUGAGAGGAAUAAAAUCAAGCUUUUGAACGACAGCUUUGAAGUGAUACAUGAGUCCGCUUCAUCAUUUAACAUUUUAUGUGGCGUAUACAAUAGUCUAACCAAUGAAAUCAUCACAUGUGGAAUGGGCAACAUCACGAUGUGGAUGUUUCGUCGUGGAGCUAAAGUAUUAGUCUCUAGGCAGGAAAUUAAGGAUGGUCUAAGUUCUACAGAUGAGUUGUCGGCUAUUCACUUGGAGAAGGUGGCGAGCAGGACACAAAGAGGAUUUACGUCAUGUAGAAGUAAUGUUUUGAUCUACAAUUUGCAUGAUGGGCAACAUCUUAAAACGCUGAAGAACCUACAUCAAAGACCGAUCACAUGUCUGCUGUAUUACCCUCAAUUUGGUUAUCUUGUCACAGCAGCGAAAGAUGGUUCAGUAAAGAUUUGGGACAAUCAGUACCAGCUUCUUCACGUGCUUGUCAGUCAUAAACAAUCAAUAACUUGCAUGGCAAUGCAUCCGUAUGACCUACUGCUACUAACUGGAUCGGCUGAUACAACUAUUCGACUAUGGAAUAUAGAGACCGGAACUGAAACGGGAAAGCUUGAGACAAAUCACCCCGUUGAAGGUCUCAUCACAUUUCCACAGUACAACCAGUUCUACUCGUUCUCAACCAUGUGCAUUAACACAUGGACGAUCAACCAUCUUCAUGACUUUCUCAUACGACUCGGGAGUCCGGUGAUGAAGCUGAAGAAUACUUCUCAUCCGAGGGUUCCUCUCCGUCUAAUUGCGUCGUGUGCAAACUCGACUGUUCAUGUUCUUUCUCCCGUCUCUGGUGUUGUCAUCAGUUCAGCACUUCUAUCAGUGGGCGAAAUGAUAGAAGAUGUCGCAUAUGCAUCGGAACAAGAGGAACUUUAUGUACUCUUAAAGUCAGGCAGCAUUGCUACUUUCAACACUAAUUAUCAUCCAGCCAAACAAAUGAAGAGUAUUGAAAUUAGCAAAGGUAAAUGUUCAUGUCUUACCAUUUACGAAUACACUUUGGAUGAGGAGAUGCUGCAGGAGUUGAUUGAGUGCGACAAAUGGUUCGGAGUCGCUAUGAGUGUGAUCGGAAAGGACAUACACGCACGCCAAGACAGAACGCUGCUACUUGCUGGAUUAACAAACGGGCAGAUUAUAGUAAUAAACAGGAAGACAAGAGCAAUAAACUUCACAACACGGGCUCAUGAAGGCACAGUUACAGCUAUAGUUGGAAACCCCAGGAGAGAUCUCAUUGUUUCAUCAGGGACUGAUGACGUUUUAAGAGUUUGGAAGUUGUCGCCGUUUGUGCAGGAUGUGAUCUCUCCUCUUCUCUCGUUUUACUGUGCUUAUCCUACGACUCAUGUGUCGUUGGUUGCCGACAAGUUUCUGUCUGUGUUUCAAAAUGUUUCGACUGUGACGUAUACUGUAGCUGCAUUUAGUGUUUCAGCUAAAAGACGUUGUUGGCAUGACACUGACAUGGAUCACGACGAUGCUAUUGUCGAUCUCGCUUGCUGUCCAAAGCUUUGCUUGUUUGCUACGUGUAGUGUUGAUGGCACGAUUAGAGUCUGGAGUGAUGAAGGAAAACUUUUAAGAGUUGUUUACCUCAAUGCAACACCUGAAGGUAUUUCAUUUAGCAGCAUUCAAGGUGAUCUGACUGUUGCCAUAGCAGGUCAACUGCACACCAUUAACUUCAUAAAAUUCUUACCUAAAACAUACUUGGAGCAAUUGGUGACGAUGCACUUACCAGCUGAGAAAGCUGAGUAUUCUCACCAGCCUGCAGCAGGAUCAUCUCUAAACAACGACCGACUGAUUCCAGGACGUACUACUCCAUUAAGUGCCAGAUUCACUCCAGCAAGUGAGGUACCCUCACUAUUAGAGAGCGAAGAGUACAAACAGGAGCAACGAAUGAAAGAAGAAACGAUAGCCCAGCUGGCAGCCCGUAAUGUUGAAAUCAACCAAAUUCGUGAUGGAGUGUAUGGAUACGAAAAGAAGAAAUUUAAGUCACGUGAUAUGUGGAGGGAAGUGUGGGAGAGGUAUUGGACGAAAGUCGGGCCUCGCAGGACAUCAAUUCAGGUGUCAGUUGAAGACGACUUCAAUCCUGACACGUAUGGGAGAGAAGCAUUACAGAGCAAACUUGAGGAUCCCUACCAACGUUCUGAGUCACCCAGCAAAUUCUUCCCACCUGUGAGUCCGUAUUACCCACCAUAUCCUAUUGCACCAGAUGGCCACCUUCCCAACUCGGUUUUACUGCGAGAGUUUCUCAAAGGUCUCUCACUCACAGAUGUUCGAGAGAGAUGGAAACCCAAGAUGCUGUCGACGGAUCAACUUGCAGAACUGAUGGCCAAGAAACAACAAGACCAAACAGAUGAGGAAUUUGUAGAUGAAGGUUACACAGCCGAGUGGGAUUCAGACGAAAAACAGGGCGAUGAGACAGAUUUUAUGGCUAAACUCAAAGCUGCAAUGGCUGAGCGUGAGAAAGAAGAGUCAAGCCCAGAAACAACGCCAGAACCAGAGCCAGUGCCAAAGUGGCGACCUAAGAAGCUGAUGCCUUUAUCAAAGGUAGUGAAGUUUAUGGCACCAAAAUCAAAGACACCACCACCUCCAUUACCGUCACCACCACCAGCACAACACAAAGAAUCGAGUCCUCCUCCACCACCUGAGCAUUCUCGCAGUCACACUCCUCUUCCACCAACUCCACUUCCCGAGUUUAUUGCUCAGUUCAUGUCCGAGUCUUGGUUCACUCACUUCUUUCCAGAUGCAUCUUCUACGAAUUUCCCAAAGCCUUGGACUGUCAAUCACUUUGUUGACAUGGUCAUAUCAUGCAUGCGAAGAGCCUCAUUGCCUGAGAUGAAAACGUCGAUUUGCAAAGCCAUCGACACUCUACGCGAACAACACGGAGUGACACGAAAGGCGGCAAUAAUUCGAGAACUCUUUGACGAGUUGAAUUGUUCUAGCCCUCCGAAUGCAUAUCUUGAUCACGAGAAAGAGUUUAUUUUGGAAGUACUCCACAUGCUCUUUACAUUAGAAGCAUUCACUCCCCAAUUUGUCAUAGAACUUAUGGUCCAAUACUUGGAUGGAGAUGACGAGAUGAGGCAAGUUGUUGCCGCGUAUUUUCUGUCGUUGGGACUGAACGAUUCGAAUAUGUAUUUCAUUCCGAAGGAGCUGGACUCCUUUGAGAUAUGGGGUCUGGAGGAAGAGAAUCGCAAAGGUCAGCUAAUACAAAUGUCUGCCGACUGGUUGGAACAUUGGACGUCUCAGUAUCAACAGCACAGUCAAGAUGGUGUUAAAGGUGGUGCAGGAACGAAGUCUCAGCUAAGUAGCCACAGCAGGUCAUCAAGGGGUGCAGGGAAACAGAACAAGCAACGUCAGCAUGGACGACAUACAGCUACACUCAAUGAUGACGAUUCGCCAAAACCGAUUGACGUCAUAAACUACUUUGUUGUGAUUGCUCAUGCUAAAGAGAUGGAACGCCUCAAACUUCUCGCAACUCGUCCUCCUACUGUACAGUCUACUACCGUGGAACCAAAGAAAGACACCAUAUUGACGCUACCUCAGAUACACAAAACGAGUUUAGCACGGCUUGGAGAAACACACUGCUCCAAGUGUCACCCGGAGAGAGAAACGUCGUUAGCUAUAACUCAUCUUCCUCUAAUCGAGUUGAAGACGAAUUAUCAUUCUCUACUUAAUGGUUUUUCUCGAUGUUUGUCAUUGACACUGCGGCCAAACGUUGUCAUGCCAUUUAUUGAGGAAGAAGAAGUCACAAAGAAUCAAACAAGAACAGCUAGAUUUAAUGGUAGGCAAGUGUUAUCGUUAGCUUCCACAUCAAAGUAUUUCUUUCCAGAUCGAUCAUAUGUAUAUGAACAAUAGUAGGAAAUGUAUGCAAUGAUAAUAUGAUAAAUAUAGGAAAUUUAAUAAUUACUAAAGUACUGUAUAUUGAAUACAGAACACUCAGACGUGAAUGUACAGUAAUAAUUUAAUGGUUAUAGUUGAGUACAUGAUGUGUGUAUGUCUUUUAUCUAGUUGACAGUAAAUAGAAAAAAGCAGCAACUACUAACUCUACAAUUUGCUGAAAGAAAGUGUAAUUAA